AUCACACUACGUCAGUUCAGUACCGCUAUAAAGGGCCAAGCCAUCUGUGGGGCAUUACAAGCUCAACCCAAUUCUCUCGAGGACUGCAAGAAAGGAAAGGCUGCAAAGAUGAAACUGUACCUGGCUGCAGCCGUGCUUAUGCUUGUGCUUGCUGUACACACAGAGGCCCAGGAUGAGCCCACACUGGAGCAGCAAUUUGCCAAAUUCCAGACCCAGGUGAAGGAGAUUGCAGAGGACCUGACAGAGAAGACCAAGACCACCUUCGAACAGCUUGAAAAGAGCGAGUUUGCAGUUAAAACCAAGAACUGGUUUACUGAGCAGUUUGAGAAGGUGAAGCAAUCCUUCAAUUAAAGUGAAAACCAACAAAUUUAUACCCUUCUUCCCUGCAAUCUUCAAAAACUGUAUAAUCUGUAAAAUAGUUUAUAAUUUUGUUGGAUGCUGUUAAAUAUUGUGGGGGGAAAUGUAAAAUCUAAAUAUACAUUCUGGAUUUUUUUUCAAAAGAAUAAAUGGUGAAACACAA